AUGAUUGUUGAGAAUACUAUUGAAAAGUUUUUACUUGAGGCAUCAUUGGAAGCUAUCACCCCAACAACAGUAAUAUUUCAGACAAUACACGGUAAUGGACAAAUAUUAAAGCUGUACAAGGAAUUAGAACCAGCAAUAAGGAGAGGAAUUAAUACAUCCAUUGCAAAACUGGAUGAUGGUUUUCAAUGGAAUCCCUGUAUCCGAACAAUUUAUAAAGUUAGUCAUGAAAGUAUAUCUUCUUAUGCUCUUGAGGUUGGAAUAGAAUUGCUUUUGAUGGCCAACUAUAACUCGGAGAUUGUUGACAAAAACCUCAAGGAGCUGAAAAAAAAGCUUGCUUCACCAAUUUCUGACAAAGAUACUGAGUUAUGUGAUGCUUUGCUUGAGGAACCUUUGAAAUGCAUGACGCCAAAUUUACCUUCAGAAAUCGUUACAAAAUGCGUAAAAUUUGUGAAUGAAUAUAAAAAUCAGUAUGAUGACAAACCUGAAAAUUCCAGAUUGAAUCUCAUUCAUGAUGCAUCAUGGAAAGAUGGGAUUUCUAGACAAAAAAAAGUUGUCAACAAUAUAUUAGCUAUAAUAAAUGAGACAUGGAGUAAUCUGGUAUUUUUGGAAGCUGAAUUUCACAACUACAACAAAAUGAAUGAAGGGACCUAUGUUGCCGAUGUUAUACUUCCCCUUAUUUGA